AUGCCUUGUCCAUAUACAAAUCUGAUACAGUCGCGCAGAUGGAACACGUACAAUCAUUACUCGUGCUCCCCAAACGAGACUAUCGUUCAGUCCAAUGCACAAGCAUUGGUUGACUUAGGCUUGUCCUCUCUCGGAUAUCGAUAUGUCACGACGGACUGCGGCUGGACAGUCGCAGACCGGCUGCCUGACGGAUCCUUGACGUGGAACGAGACCCUGUUCCCUCAAGGAUUCCCGGCUAUGGGUGAUUUCCUCCAUGAUCUAGGUCUCCUAUUCGGCGUGUAUCAGGAUUCCGGGAUUCUGUUAUGUGGAAGUCCGCCGAAUGAGACAGGAAGCCUGUACCACGAAGAACAAGAUGCCAGAACAUUUGCCUCGUGGAAUGUGGAAUCUCUCAAAUACGACAAUUGUUACUCCGACGCCGCAACUGGCUACCCUAACGUCAAUUACGCGCCCAGUACCUCCCCGGAGCCCAGAUUCGCCAACAUGUCUCAUGCUUUAUUGCAGCAAAAUCGAACCAUUCUAUUCCAGAUCUGCGAGUGGGGUAUCAGCUUCCCCGCGAAUUGGGCCCCUGCUCUCGGUCAUUCUUGGCGAAUUGGGAACGACAUCAUACCUGACUGGCGGACAAUCUUCCGCAUCAUAAACCAGGCAGCUCCACAAACAGAUGUUGCUGGCCCGGGCCAAUGGCCGGACCUUGACAUGCUUGAAGUGGGGAACAAUAUAUUUUCUCUUCCAGAGGAGCAGACGCACUUUUCGCUCUGGGCCAUUCUCAAGAGCCCGUUGAUAAUCGGCGCUGCCUUAAAGGAUGAGCUCACUGCCAUAAAUGACGCGUCGCUAGCAGUUCUGAAACAGAAGGAUGUCAUAUCAUUCAAUCAAGAUGCACUGGGGAAGAGUGCGAGUCUACGCCGGCGCUGGACCGAAGAGGGCUAUGAGGUAUGGAGUGGGCCGCUGUCGAAUGGUCGGACAGUGGCUGCGGUCAUCAAUUGGCAGAAUGAAAGCAGGGACCUGACCCUUAAUUUGCCGGAUGUUGGGCUCCAACAUGCAGGGACGGUGAAGAACAUUUGGGACGGCACUACUGCACAGGAUGUGCUUACUUCCUACACGGCGACAGUAGCCGGCCAUGGCACGAUGCUACUCGAACUACAGAAUACGACUGCUGUCGGAGUGUAUCCGCGAGGACUUUUCGGAGUAUCUUUUGGGCAAACGACGACUUUCCAAAACGUCUACGCCAUGACAACCAGUGCCAAGUACAUCAUUAGCGUCCACUUCUCGCAGCCAGCUUCUUCAACAGAAACUAUCACCAUCGGAUCAAAUGCCAACCAGAGUAUAAUAUCCGCACAGGUCCCCGCAUCGUCCACGCUAGUCUCCGCCGAGAUUCCUCUUACCGCCGGGUCCUCCAACACAAUCACCAUCAACACUUCCAUACCUAUUGACGCCAUUCACGUCACACCUCCCAAUGGAACGUACUACCCUUGCACAAACUUUACCCUUGCCGGGUCUACCACGCUGACUACGUGUGGGAGCGGUUAUUGUCAGCCGGUUGGCUCAAAGAUUGGCUACAUCAGCCCCAGUGGCACUGCCAAAGCAACGAUUUCCGCGACUACCAGUGGGAGCAAGUAUCUGGAGAUUGACUGGAUAAAUAAUGAUAUUGCCUUCGACUCGUCCUGGGGCUGGGGGUCCAACUCUCGGAACUUGACCGUGACGGUGAACAGCGAGGAUCCGGUGAGGAUCGAAGUGCCGCUGAGCGGAAGACAUAGCGAGCUGUUCGGUCCGGGAUUGGGAUGGUGGGAUACAGCGACUUUAGGACUACUGACUAGUGGCUGGAAGGAAGGGUUAAACGAGGUGGUAGUUGGAAAUGUGGGGGGUGACGAGGGAUUUCAAUCUUAUGGAGCCGACUUUGUGGGAAUCCGAGUGCUGGAUUAG